AUGUCGGUCACCCAAGUAUCGAGCAAUCGCUGUUUCAAAGGCAAACAACUCGUCUACAAACAUGCAAGCGCAACACUCAAGUGCGAUAUGACGUUCGGCGUUUACGUGCCGGAUCACGACGAGGCCGAAAAAUUGCCGGCGUUGCUCUACCUAUCCGGAUUGACAUGCACUCACGCGAAUUUCAUGGAAAAAUCCGGAUUUCAGCAGUACGCGUCGAAACACCGAAUCGUCGUCGUUCAUCCCGACACGUCGCCGCGCGGCGUCGACAUCGACGGCGAUUCGGACGCCUACGAUUUCGGCAAAGGCGCCGGAUUCUAUUUGAACGCCACCGUUGAGAAAUGGGCGACGCAUUACCGAAUGUACGAUUACAUUGUGAAGGAACUCGUUGAUCUUCUUCCACAAGUGGCGCCAGUCGAUAAGGAAAAGCUGGGAAUCUUUGGGCAUUCGAUGGGCGGUCAUGGCGCAUUAACAAUCGGCCUCAGAAACCCAAAAAUCUUCAAAUCGAUUUCGGCGUUCGCGCCAAUCUGCCACCCAAUCAAUUCGCCAUGGGGAAAGAAGGCGUUCACAGGAUACUUGGGUGCCGAUGAGGAAGCAUGGAAAGAAUAUGAUUCAAGUGUUCUCCUCAAAAACUACACCGGCGAAAAGCGCAAAAUUCUCAUCGAUCAAGGAAGCGCCGACAAUUUUCUCGAUCAACUUCAACCGGAAACUCUCAAUUCCACCGAAUUCGUCGAUAUCAAUGUCCGAAUGCAACCCGAUUAUGAUCAUUCGUAUUAUUUCAUCGCCACGUUCAUUGCCGACCAUUUUGAUCAUCAUUCGAAAUUGCUAUCAUAG